GGGAGACGGUAUCCAUGAUGACAACUUUAAAGUACCGACGUCAGUUUGGGCCGUAAUUACCCGUUAAUUAGACAUUAACCGGCUGUCCGACCAGCUCGGAGCGGGCCCGUCUCACUUACAGGUAGCUGAGCGGGCUAACGUUAGCUAGCCAGCUAGCAUGAGCUCGGAGUGCUUUUGUUUACAUCCAGCGCCGCUGCUGGGCCCGGAGCGGAGCGUUAGCUAACCGAGCCGGAGCGCCGCUGUGCGGGGAAGCGCCGACCGAACCCCGGGCUCCUCCUCAGGGUGAUGGAAGUGUCCUCACAGGAUCCACCUUUCACGACUAUGGAUCUGUCUAAGAGCUACUCAGUCAAUCCACUGACUUGCAGCCACACACAAGCUAAGGACCUGGCAAAGAAACCGGAGUGGUACCACAGACGUCUGCCGAGCUGCAGCUCAGAUCUUGCCUGCCCAUACAGGAGCGGCUCCAGAGCCACAUCUUCCUACAACUCCUUGUCCACGUCACUGCACCCUGAGACAAGUCGAUCUGUCCACUGUGGUGACAUGGAGCAAAGUCCAGAGUCUCUCAGUGACUACAUGAAUUCUGCUUUAGCUCAAGGCUUGGAGCUGUACCAUGACGGAGUUCAUGGCAGUCUCUGGCAUCCGGGGUUCUAUGGGCCUAAGCAACCUGGCAGCCCUGUUCCCGAAAGCAGUGGUGGAGAGGAAAGUGACAGCGGCUCUGACGUUAUUUUCCUUGUUUCCUCGGGUAAGGAGCCACUUCUGUGUAGUCCUUUCAUCCAAGACAGUGUGAGGCACAUUGUGGAACCACUGUCACCAGCUGUGUCCUCUCUGGAGGAAGGUCAAGGUUACCUACCUCAACCUCUGAGCUCAGCUAGUCCUGACAGUUCCUACUCAGAAGACUCCUCAGACAGCUCAGUGGACAUUCCUGUGCAUCAUACUCGACCUAUAGUCCUCCAGUCAGACCUAAGUGCCGUUUACGGCAAUCCUGUUGAAUCUCCGGUAGAUGUUUCAAGCGAUGACAGUGAUGUCAUCGAAGUUACAGCCUCUGAUGAGAAGAAAAAAGACCGCAGUUUUCCUUGUAAGAAAAAUCUGCUGAGAAAAUCUCCUCAAAGUGAUAAUGAAAAAUCUCCACCCAGAGAAGUCAGAUACAGUACCCGAAACAGGAACCCUGUCCCUGAAUGGUCUCAGUACACCUGCAGUCCCUCACGGUCCAGUUUGAGGAGACGGGCCAAAAAUGUUACAGUCGGUAUUUAUAAUGAAAACUUUGAUUCUGAUGACUUGUUGGAUUAUUUAUUCCGAGUGUCAAGUUCAGACACAGAGUCUGUGGUCCAGCGCAAACCCUCACAAAGACGGAGCAGCCAAUCGGGUGAAUCGGCUGUGGACCUCCGGACGGAUGGGAAUUGCCCAUCCACAUCGCCGCAAAGGGAGUCAAUCGGCGAGCAGCCUCUCAGUGACCCCUUGUAUAAGAAAACUGUUGAUUGUAAACGAAAGAAGGCCAUCACCGUCAGUAAGGUAAAAAAGUUGAGACGCUCUGCAAAGCAGCGUGUGGCCUCUUCCACCAUUGCAAAUGGGUCAGCAAAUAAAAAACGCAUUAAAAGACGGAAGAGAAAGAGGCGGAGCCAGACCGGACCAUCUGCUUUGUUUUCCCCCAGAGAGCCAGAAAUCAAACUGAAAUAUGCAACUGUAAAGGAAGAGAAAAAGGACAAGAAACUGGCUAACUUUUACCCCUUCGUUCACAUGGAGCAGAGUUUGUGUACUGUGGUCAACUAUCAGGAGGAUGAAGCAGAAGUCAGGAGCAGCACAGGUUUUACUCCCACAGCCCACAAAUCCACAGCGGGAUUUGUCCCCAGUACGUCUUGUUUCCAGCUUGGGCGACUCAGUUCAGAAAGCAGGUGUCGCUCCACGCUGGCGUGCUGCCUGUGCGGUCAGACGGCCAACGUCAUGGGUCUUGGGGAUCUUCACGGCCCUUAUUUUCCCUCCGGUCUUUCCGUGGACUCUCAGCGCCGGCAGCAGGACUGCAGCAGCCAGGAGGAAGAGGAAGCAAAUUUAAAUGGACUCGGCAACAGCUAUUCAGUAAACUCUUCAGAUGACUGUGACUAUGACGGCGGCUCAGCCGUCAAAGGUUUGCACGGGUUCGACAACCACCGACUCCCAAAGGUGCCUCUGCGUCUCAGCGAGUGCUGGAUUCACGAGGACUGUGGCAUCUGGUCAGCUGGUGUCUUUCUGGUCAGAGGAAAGCUGUACGGCUUACGAGAGGCUGCGCAGCUCGCGCGAGAAACGUCAUGUUCAUCUUGCCAGCAAACGGGUGCAAUAACGGGCUGCUUCCAAAAAGGCUGCAGCAGAAACUACCACUACAGAUGUGCACUUCAGUCAGGCUGUGUCUUAAAUGAAGAAAACUUCUCACUGAGAUGUCCAGAACACAAGAACAAACCUUUCACGUGUGUAAUGAGACAAGACAAAAGGUGACGGGAAAGAACUCUGGGGCCAUUGGAGGCUCAAUGUUGAAAUGUGCGUCUUGUGACAUUUGUUCCAGAAUGAUCCACUGAUCUCCUCAGGGCGUGGCGUGCUCCACCUUGUGCCACCCUUUGCCAUUUGACAACACUAAUUAAAGCGGGCACGCUCGCUCAAGCAGAAGGCAGACCUUCUGGUAAGAUCUCACUCAUCACGAAGGAACGCUGAAGCAGGAGCCAGUCAGGAGGCUUAAAGACGUGUCUUUGUUUUCUUCGUUCUCUGCUUCACUUGUAGGCCUUUCACACAGGCAGGUACAGCUGUUGGACUGACAAACUGAGCCAAGAGCUGGUGUGUGUGUGAGACUGACCCGCCAUGUCAAAAAUGGUGUUUAUUAUUUGAACACUUUCUUGUGCAGGAAUCUUCUCUGUCCGGCUUCUUGUUUUUGUCUUUCUACAGAUUUUGUACUACUUUUGUAUUUCUAUUCCUGUUCGGCUCCAGUUGUCAAAUAAGUUAUUUUUAUCAGUUGCAUGCA